ACAAAUUUCUGAAUUAUUUUCUUGCUACGCAUACAAAAGUUGGCACAUUUGUUCGUGAGGUUUAUAAUUAUUCUUUGUAUGUUUUAUGUCUCAACUUGUUUAAGAAGUGUGGGAUUGACUUUUCCCUCUUGGCUUCUUCUUACAGAUGUGGAGGGCAGCCCUUGCAGAGACAGUGGCAACCACCUUCUUUUUAUUCACACUCACGACAUGCCUUCUCUCAUGCUAUGAAUCUAAUGUCACUGACCCCAAGCUGCUCGUCCCAUUUGCGGUGUUCAUCGUUGCUUUCUUCUUCCUCUUUACCAUGUUUCCUCUAACCGGGGCCUUUUUGAAUCCAUUGCUCACAUUCAUUGCAACCCUCAAGGGUGCUAUAUGUCUUGUACGUGCAUGUGUUUUUUUCUUGGGGCAAUGCCUUGCCUCUAUAAUGGCCAUCUACUUAUUGAAGUGUGCGAUGAGCCAUGAUGCAGUAGAGAAGUACAUGUUAGGUGGUUGCACUAUCAAUGAUAAUGGCUCUGGUAUUAGCCUGGGAACUGCACUGAUGUUAGAGUUUGUGUGUACCUUUAUUAUCCUCUUGGUUGCUGUUACAGUGGGAUUUGACAAGAAAAGGAGCAAAGAACUUGGGGCGACUAUGGUUUGUAUUCAGAUAGCAGCAUCAUUGGCCUUAGCAGUUUAUGUGUCCAGUGUGGUAACUGGGAAGAUUGGCUAUGCUGGUGCUGGACUGAACCCUGCAAGGUGCUUUGCCUCAGCAUUGCUUUUUGGAGGUCCAUUGUGGCAUGGACAAUGGGUAUUCUGGUUGGGGCCCUUUCUAGCUUGCAUUGUUUAUUAUAUUUUCUCUAAGACCCUACCUAAGGAGGGUUUGGCCAAUGAUGGAAAGUAUGAGAUUAUAAAGGUUGCAAGGGCUUGUAUUGGAGCAACUGGCUCUAACAAAUACAAAUCUGCAACUGUAAAGGUUGAGGAAAAGCCUCCCUGUAUCCCUGAAACUGUUGACAAGGAUGUACUUGCCUUAUACCCUUUUUAAUGAAAUGUAUAUCUCUCUCAAAAAAUAAAAUCCCAUACAACGCUUUUAAUAAGGCAUUUAUUUAAGACUUCAAAUUUGGUUCAUAUAAAACUUUCUUUUCUAUUGGCUCCAGGCUGGUCCUGUUAAAGAAAAGACUUCUUGUUUAGCAGACGUUUACUUUAUCAAUUAAAAGAUAAAAUCAAAAAUGCUCUUCCAUUUUCCCCAAAAUUCAAAUAACAUCUGAGAUCAUCUAUCUUUUAUAAGGUUGUGAUAAACUGAUUAGCACAAAGAAAGAAGGGGUGGAUGACCAUGAUAAUUCUUGGCUCCACAGCCUUCUAUAUUUGCAUGUCUAAAGCAUAUAUACCAUUAGCACACACACUUUAACUGCACAAUACAUAACUUAUGCUAGUAAUCA